AUGGAGAAUAUAAUAGCUCAGGGAAUAGCUGACACAAUACCCUUAAUUAUCAAAGUUGUUAGAAACCAUGUGCCUAUAGAAAAUAAUAAAGUUGUGAGUAGCAAAUGUAACCGUAGCCAUGAUUUUAGUCACAAUGUUAAUGGAGACAAUGAUAUGAUUAUCAGAGCUCCAUUUCCUAAGAAAAUGAAGGCAAUGACUUCCAGAUGUACUUACAAGGAUUUUCUAGCUUGUAAGCCAACUGAAUUCGCAGGCAGUGAAGGAGCCAUGACUACUCUGCGAUGGUUAGAAAAUACUGAAGUUGUUCUUAAGAUUAGCAAACGUGCCGAAGAAGAUAAGGUAAUGUAUGCUUCUAAUCUCUUUAGAGAUGAGGCAUUAGAAUGGUGGAACGUGAUUCUUCAGGCAAAAGGAAGUGACAUGGCCUAUGCCAUGAACUGGAAGGAAUUUAAGGAAAUGAUAGAAAGGAAAUUUUGUCCCCCUCAUGAAAAGGAUCAAAUGGCUAAUAAGUUCCUAAAUCAUAAAAUGGCUGAUGCAAAUUGCCUCAAGGCAGCUAGACCUCAGACUAUUGAGGAGACAGUUGAGCUAGCCAAUACUUUGACAGACAGAUUGAUCCGCACGAGAGAAGAAAACCAGAAUAAAGAAUUAGCUCAGAAGAUUACCCAAGAAUUUCACUCGGGUAAUACCUACAGAAGGAAAGGAGUUGGGCAGUCUUCUACACCACCUUUCUGUAGAAACUGUAGAAGGAAGCAUUCAGGAAAAUGCAAUUUUAGGAGAACACCUUACUGUAACUUCUACAAGAAAACCGGGCAUGUAGAGGAAGAAUGUAGAAGAAAAACUAAUAUUUGUUUCAACUGCGGGGAGACAGAUCACAUUAAGCCAUAUUGCCCGAAACUGACUAAAGCACCUGACAACAAGGCAAAAGCAGCAGACAGAGCUAAAAAGAAUGCACAAGCAUUCGUACUUACUGCACAGGAGGCAGGGAUGAUUCCUGGCGUGAUUGCAGCAUUUAAUCAACCGUUAACUAAGCUUAGUCAAGUUUGUACAGUAGAAAUGGUAGAAGGAAACUCCACCAACAUACGUGAAAUACUUCAAGGAGGGAAGAUAGAAUUAUUAGGACAUAAGUUCACGGCAAACUUGCUACCAAUGAAUCUAGCUGGAUUCGAUGUAGUAUUAGGAAUGGAUUGGUUAGUGGCCAAUCAUGCUCGAAUCCUAUGUGAUCAAAAUACUAUUGAGAUUCGUAUGCCAAUAGAAGAAAUGAUCAUGAUUCGAGGAGACAAACCAUUCAAGUCCACAAAAUUCAUCUUCGUGAUGAAAGCUGCAAGUUAUGCACGGAAGCAAGGCAUAGUAUAUAUGAUCUUUGUGAUCAUUAGCACUAAAGGCAAGGAACUGAAAGAAAUUCUGAUAAUAUCGGAAUACCCUGACGUUUUCCCAGAAGAUUUACCUGGACUAUCGCCUGGCCGAGAAGUAGAAUUCAGAAUUCACCUGAUAUCUGGAAUUACGCCAAUUGCUAAAGCAACUUAUCGAUUAGCACCAACGAAGAUGCUGGAAUUAAAGAAGCAAUUAGGAAUUGAAUAA